CUUGCUGUUCCUUCUCCAUGCACUAAUAAGCAGCUCAGUCUAGCUAGAGCAAUAGCAAACAUGAGCUCCUCCGGCCAGUACAGCUCUCCACGGCGUGCCGCGACGGCAACGCUCCUCCUAGCGCUAGCCGCCGGCAGCUUUCUCCUCCUGCCGGCACUGGCACGAGGGUCGUCGUCGUCGUCGUCGUUUGAGGAGGACCGCAUCAGUGCCCUGCCGGGGCAGCCCAACGACGGCGUGGCGUUCGACAUGUACGGCGGCUACGUCACCGUCGACGAGCACGCCGGCCGGGCGUUCUACUACUGGCUCCAGGAGGCCGACCGCGGCGAGGUCGAGGACCCGGACACCGCGCCGCUCCUCCUCUGGCUCAACGGCGGGCCUGGGUGCUCCUCCGUCGGCUAUGGUGCCAUGGAGGAGCUCGGCGCGUUCCGCGUCCACACCGACGGCCACAGGCUUCUGCUCAACGAGUACGCAUGGAACAAAGUGGCGAACGUGCUGUUCUUGGACGCGCCGGCCGGUGCAGGGUUCUCUUACAGCAAUACCAGCUCCGACUUACUCGUCGCCGGCGACAUCUCAACGGCCCAUGAUUCGUACACGUUCCUGGUGAAAUGGUUCGAGAGAUUCCCUCAGUACAAGUACCGCGAUUUCUACAUUGCCGGCGAGAGCUACGGAGGUCACUACGUUCCUCAGCUCUCCCAGCUUGUGUACAGGAACAACAUCGGCGUAGAGAAGCCUGUCAUUAACCUCAAGGGUUUCAUGGUCGGGAACGGGCUGACCGACGACCGCGCUGACAUGGUCGGCAUGUUCGAGUUCUGGUGGCACCACGGCCUCAUCGCCGACGAGACCCUGGACACCGGGCUCAAGGUCUGCCCCGGGAGCUCCUUCAUCCACGUCACGCCUGAGUGCAGGAAGAUCUGGGACAAGGCCCUGGAGGAGCAAGGCCACAUUGACGGCUACAGCAUCUACACGCCGCCAUGCGACAAGGGGAGCCCCUACGCGCACAGACUCCAGAGCCGCCCCCACCCAUUGAUGAUGCUGCCUGCCUACGAUCCGUGCACGGCCUUUUACUCGACAAAGUACUUGAACCUCCCCGAGGUGCAGACGGCCAUGCAUGCCAACGUUAGUGGCAGCAUGGAGUACCCAUGGGUUGUAUGCAGCAACUUGCUAUUUGAUAACUGGACAGACGCAGCCACUUCCAUGCUGCCCAUCUACAGAGAGCUCAUUGAAGGUGGCCUCAAGGUGUGGGUCUUCAGUGGUGACACAGACACUGUAGUGCCGCUGAGUGCGACCAGACGCUCCCUUGCUGCCCUGAGCCUUCCUGUUAAAACUAGCUGGUACCCCUGGUACAUGGUCUCAACCGAGGUUGGAGGCUGGACGAUGGAGUAUGAAGGCCUGACAUAUGUCACCGUCCGUGGCGCCGGGCACGAGGUUCCCCUACACCGUCCGGAGCAGGCGCUCUUCCUGUUGAAGCAAUUUCUUAAGGGCGAACCCAUGCCAGCCGAGGCAAAAAAUGCCAGCCUAAUCCUCCUUCCUAGCGAGAACAAGGCUCCUUCCUAACGGAGAGCUGCUUGUGGUGGUUCGUACGUGCUUGAUGACGGCGAUUAUAUUCCUGCAGGAUGAUCGUUGGAUGCUACGAACAUGAGCUAGCUUCUGAUAUGUACGUGGAGAAUAAAAGCUGGAGUACUACAGCCUUGUUUGUUUGAAAAGCUAUGAAUAAUUAAUGUAUAAAACGUUUCUCUUGGUGAUGA